AUGAAGACUGACCUUCGAGCAGCUCUGAACGAAAUUCUUGCAACUGCCCUUGGUGUUUUGGUGGAAGGUUGUAUAUUUCCAAAACAAAAAGAUCCAGUUGCUAUCUUACGCAAAAAACAUCCACACUUGAGGAUAGUCCUCUCCGAAGGUUCUCAGCUCAAGGCCGAAGAAUUAAUGGCUGGUUUUGAUGGCCUCCAAUUCCCCAAAAGAAAACAAUGGCUUGCCAACAUUAAAAGCGGAGCAUUCAAGAUUCUACCCAUUGAGAAUUAG